AUGUCCAAAGCCCCCGCGCAGACACCCCAAACCUCGUCUCAACAAACCCGCAAACCCGAAUCCGAAAUGUCCGCAGUAGCCAUCGGCGCAGGAGUAGCAGUUGCUGCCUUCCUCGGCAGAGCAGGCCUCGUAGCCUGGCGUCGCUCCCGCGGCGGCGUCGGCGCCCUCGGCAAAGCCUUUUACAAGGGCGGCUUCGAGCCCAGGAUGAACAAGCGCGAGGCGGCGCUGAUCCUGUCGCUUCAGGAGAGCUCCAUCACAAAGGACAAGGUCAGGAAGGCGCACAGGACGCUGAUGCUGCUCAACCAUCCUGAUCGCGGGGGGAGUCCGUACUUGGCGACCAAGGUGAAUGAGGCGAAGGAGUUUUUGGAGAAGACUACUUCUUCGUAG